UUGGAGUUUUGUUUUGUUUUUCUAGGAGAGGCAGGAACCAGAGGCCCUAUAGGGGAACAGCCCUCUGACCUUCCAGCUCUGAUAAGUAGGCAGGCCCCAUGUCUGGAGACCCAGAGACAGGCCUGGGUAAUUCUGACAGAAAUAAGUUAAGCAACCUCGUCCCUGGGGCUCACUGGUCAGCUCCGGACAUGAGCCUCUGGCAGACACUGGGCUCCACAGCCACAGCCAUGGCCAACAGGACCAACGCGUCUAUCCUGUACACCAGCUACGAGUAUUACCUGGACUACAUAGACCUCGCUCCUGUGGACGAGAAGAAGCUGAGAGCCAACAAGCAUUCCAUCGUCAUUGCCUUUUGGGCGAGCCUGGCUACUUUCGUGGUGCUCCUCUUCCUCAUUCUGCUCUACAUGUCCUGGUCAGGCUGCCCACAGAUGAGGCACAGUCCUCAGCCCCACCAAAUAUGUCCAUGGAGUCACAGCCUGAACCUCCCCUUUUGCCUCCGGAGGGUCUCCCUGCAGACAACAGGGGAGCCAGGAAGCAGAACAGACACAGACCAAUGGUCACAGCAGGAAAGUCCCUCUGCCUCAUGCCCUGCACCCCUGGAUCUCCCCUAGGACCAAGGUUCAGGAUGGAGGUCCCCAGGGCACCAGCUGACUUCAAGAAUGGGCAAUGUGCAGUGGUGAGCCUGAAGACAGAACCUCUCAACUCUAGAGCCAAUGAAUCCAGCGAGCCAAUCAUGGCCAAGAGAACUAGGGAACUCAAACCAACCUGGACAGCUAUGUCUUCCUAAGGCCAUUUACAAUGGUCUUAAAUGUAGCAAGAAACUGACCAGCUGACAAAGCAGGUCCACAAGGACGACCAUCACAGACAUUAAUAGUCUGGCAAGGACGGAGAAGCUGCCGUAGACAUAGCUGAUGCAGUUGAGCAUGCCUAACCCGCUUGCUGCUUACAUUUGCUUGGGAUGCAUAGGAAAAUAAAACAUGAGUCAGGAUAAAGAAUAUUAAGCUUUGCUUUGCCUCUAUCAUCCCUUCUGUCUGAGUACACUUGGUAUACACUGUGAGGAUGCUGAGAUGCCUGCUGACCUUCCCAGGCUGGCUCAGCUGGAUCACAUCCCUCAGCCUUUCAAGAUAGAGCCUGAGGAGCUUGUCAGAAGCAGGGCCUGAAUCUGGGGAAGCCAGCCUACAGCACUGUCCAAGAACGUCUCAAAGCUAGCCAGUAGCUUCCCAUUUCAGAUGCUGCUUUGUGGACUGUGGCUCUGAGAGCCUGAAACAACGAGGUCUCCAGUACCGCUGGCCCUGGCUGAAUACAGAAGUACUAGGCCCAGAAAACCGGUAGGCGACCAACAAGCCUACAGUCAGGGUUUAUUCUUUAAUAAUGACUUUCCCUUUUCACCAUGGUGUUUCUGCUAAGGCAGCCUCUUGGUACUCAGGGGUGGGGUGAUGCCAAACCUGGAUGAGCAAAUCCCUUCUAUAAAAUGGAACCAUAUUUGUAUUCGGCCUACUUGUGGCACACUUUCGUCACCUCUAGACUCCCAUCAUUACAGUGAGAAAGUGAGGUAUGAGGUGACUGCAUCGCUUACAGAACAAGGAAAUCUCUGCAGGUCGGUACAGAGGUAAUCCGUUUAGUGUCACAGAGGUGGACCGUAGGUCUAGAGGGCUGGCUGUAUAGCUCAAUGCCAUGCACAGAAGACCCCGGACCAUCCACUCUCUGAUCCUCGCAUGCAUGAGUGUCAGUUGUGGUCUCACCAAAGUUGGGGGUGAUGAACUGAUCAGAAAGAUGGAGAGCUUGGGUGCUGCUUGGAGUCACUGCCACCACCACCAAACGCAGCGGCUAGCUCCCACGUCUCUACUGUGAACUGGACACAGACCAUGCCAGGAGAGUGACAGGAAGGGACCAUGGCCAGUGACUUCUCACCAUAACCUACCCUGGGAGCUGGCGCCAUCGGAGCACCAGCAUGUGACUGUUGAUUGCAGUGACCUCACCUCAGCUCAGCUCACCAGGGAUGACUGAGGACCGGAGCUUGUAAUGGGCUGUGGAAACUUGCUGGGGUCUGGCAUCCCACUUCUUUGCUUUCAGAGGCCUGCUGUGGGGACAUGACCCUGAUCCUGUCUUUCCAGCUAGUAUCCCUUUGCAUGUCAGUCAGAGGUGCCCAUAAAGUAGGACAGUCUCAAUAAACCACAAUCUACAGGUGGCUUUUCACUUCA